AUGCCUUCAGCCUCCAUGCCUACCUCUAUGCAUAACAGUAAUGGCAGCGCUAGCAAGCUCACCACAGCUACUAGUAAUGAUGGCUCACAGCGCGCACAUCUCCAUCGCAGCGAUAGCAUCAGCCGCUUCUUAGCUGAUCGAGAUCAACGACUUCACAUCGAAUUUUUCUCUAUGCAAACGCAAGAUGAGGCCAAGGCCGAGAGAGAAGCCCGCAUGUCUAAAAUUCUGCGUGCUUUUGAUAUGCGAUUUAGCGGUGGCGACAAGUGCCCAACAGCCGAAUGCCUGCAUUUGCAGAUCGUGGGCGAAAUAGGACCUAGCUAG